AUGAACCCCGGCCAGGUAUACACCGCGGGAUACCCCCAGGGGCAGCCCCAGCAGCAGCAACAGUACGGCGACCCGUUCGCCAACCCCUCCCCACAACGCCCGCCAUCAGCUCCCCUCUACAACCAGCAGCAGCCCUGGGCCGAGCCUCAAGGCAGCCAUCACCACGCCUCCUACCCCCUCCAGCCCAUUUCCCCGAUCAGCCCCAACCACGCCCCCCGCUACUCGGUCCCCACCGCUCAGCCCCUGCCGUACGGCGUGUCGCCUGCCGCCUCCCACGCCCCCAUCCCCGCCGUCUCAUCUCCCACUCGCACCCGCUACCAUUCCAAUCCUUCUUAUCUUCCUCCUCCGCAGCACACGACCCCGACAAUCCAACACGUGCAAGCUCCAGCUUAUUCGUAUCCUUCCGGCAUUGGCGACCGUCUCACCUCGCCCCCUCCUUUGAUGCCGCACCAUUCAAGCCACUCCAACGUCGGCCUCCCAGCCGACUAUCCUCACAACUCUUACCCCCCGGAGUCUUAUGGCAACGCGCCAGAAGACGAUAUGAACGACUCGCAUCCGCUGUUGGCGCAUGCUGCACCGGAUCCUAGGUUCGGGAUAGCGGCGUCGCAGAGUGCCAUGGCGAUGCACCCGCCCCCGCGUCCUGGGACGGGGGUGAGGUAUCAGCUGAGCGAUAAUGGGGCGGGGGAUAUGGGGGUGCCGAUGUAUGCUACGCCGGGCCGGGCAGAGGGGCAGGCGGGGUUCCAUGCGGGAGAUGGGCUGGGGCAUGAUAAUGAGGAUGACUAUGGGAAUGUGCAUUAUGGGCCGAUACCGUCGAGGAUUGUCAGGCGUAACAGGACGCAGAAGAGGGUUCAACUCUUCCGAGGCCAUCUCGUACUCGACGUCGACGUCCCGUCUAUGCUCCUGGACCAAUGUCCCCUUCGCCAAGGCAACGAAUUCACCAAGAUGAGAUACACUGCUGUCACUGGCGAUGCCAACGAGUUUGCGGACAAGUAUACUCUCCGACAACGACUCUACGACCCUCCUCGACAAACCGAGCUCUUUAUCGUCAUCACAAUGUACAACGAAGACGACGUCUUGUUCUGCCGGACGAUGAGGGGUGUGAUGCAGAAUAUCGCACAUCUGUGUACGAGGAGUAAGAGUAAGACUUGGGGUGAGAAUGGGUGGAAGAAGGUGGUAGUCUGUAUCGUUGCAGACGGUCGACUCAAGAUCAAUCCCCGUACACGAUCAGUCCUCGCAGCUCUCGGAGUAUACCAAGAAGGUGUGGGAAAGAAUAUGGUCAAUGGCAAACCGGUCACGGCUCAUCUUUACGAGUACACCACCCAACUGUCGAUCAACUCUAGUGGAAAGAUCGGCCCUGGAGGGUCGGGGACUGUUCCGAUCCAGAUGCUUUUCUGUAUGAAGGAAAAGAAUCAGAAAAAGAUCAACUCGCAUCGAUGGUUCUUCAACGCCUUUGGCGACUGCCUCCGCCCCAACGUCUGCGUCCUCCUCGACGUCGGUACCCAACCCGGCCCGGACUCGAUCUACCAUCUCUGGAAAGCGUUCGACAUCAAUUCGAGUGUGGGAGGGGCUUGUGGGGAGAUUGUGGCGCUGAAGGGGAUGUUUUGGAAGAAUCUGCUUAAUCCUUUGGUCGCAGCGCAGAAUUUCGAAUACAAGAUGAGUAAUAUCCUUGAUAAACCGCUGGAAUCGAUUUUUGGAUAUAUCACGGUUUUGCCGGGUGCUUUUUCUGCUUAUCGCUAUAUUGCACUGCAAAAUGACGAGCAAGGGAAUGGACCGUUGAAGCAGUAUUUCAUUGGAGAGACUAUGCACGGUUCCGGUGCCGGUAUCUUCGCCGCCAACAUGUACCUCGCCGAAGACCGUAUCCUCUGCUGGGAACUCGUCUCCAAACGCGAAUGCAAGUGGAAACUGCACUAUGUCAAAUCUGCCUACGCCAUCACCGACGUGCCCGACACGGUCCCCGAGCUGGUCUCGCAGAGACGACGUUGGUUGAAUGGUAGUUUUUUUGCGGCGAUUCAUUCGAUUUUCCAUUUUGGGUAUUUGUAUAGGAGUUCGCAUACGGUUACGAGAAAGUUGUUUUUGCAUGUGGAGCUUGUUUAUCAAACGCUGAGUAUGAUCUUUGCUUGGUUCGCUCUCGGCAACUUCUACAUCGCCUUCUUCGUCCUCACUCAAUCCCUCAACGACCUCGGUUCCGCCUGGCAAUACGUCAACACACCCCUCCACUACAUCUACGUCGGCCUCGUCUUGUGGUGUUUCUUGCUUUCGCUGGGCAAUAGACCGGCGGGGUCGAGGAUUGGGUAUACGUUGAGUAUGGUUGGGUUUGCUUUGAUCACCGUAUACAUGCUCUUUGCUGCUAUCUACCUGGCGGUGAGAGGAAUCCAAUCGAUCGAAGCGGAGGGAGAUAUCACAGCGAGUACGAUCUUUGGCGACAGGAUUUUCCGGAAUAUCGUCAUUUCGCUGCUAGCGACGUAUGGGCUGUAUAUCAUCAGUUCAUUGUUGGCUCUUGAACCUUGGCAUAUGCUCACGUCUUUCUUGCAAUAUCUUCUUUUGGCGCCGAGUUAUGUCAAUGUGCUCAACGUGUAUGCGUUCUGCAAUGUCCACGAUGUCUCUUGGGGUACCAAAGGUUCCGACAAAGUCUCUGACGACCUAGGAGCUGUCAAGUCCUCCUCCGACAACAAGGACGAAGUCGACGUCGACCUUCCCGUCGAGCAGAAAGAUAUCAAUGCGGUGUAUGCGGCCGAGUUGGGGGUGUUGAGCACGAAAGCGCCAAAGGAGGUUACGGUUGUUAGUGAGGAUCAGAAGCAGGAGGAUUAUUACAAGAACUUUAGGACGAAUGUCUUGUUGGCAUGGACGAUGAGUAACGGUGCUCUCACAGCUGGUAUCUUGCAGAGCAGUAGUGGGACGAGCUCGUUGGCGACGACGUAUAUGGGUGUGCUGUUGUAUACAGUCGCGGGGCUGGCUUUCUUCCGGUUCUUAGGGUCUACGAUUUAUCUGAUUGUUCGGUUGUUUGCUGGAGAAUAG